GUGGAUACCUUUUUGGAUUAUGAUAAUUUAUCAAAGGGAAUUGUCUUUACUACAGAUCGGCCGUAUCAACCAGGUGAGCAGGUGUUCAUUUCAUAUGGAAAAAAAUCAAAUGGGGAGCUUCUAUUAUCGUAUGGGUUUGUUCCAAGGGAAGGCGCCAAUCCUUGUGAUUCAGUUGAGUUGUCAGUGUCACUCAAGAAAUCUGAUAAAUCCUACAAGGAGAAAUUAGAACUCUUGAAGAAGUAUGGAUUAUCAGGAUCUCAAUGUUUUCCAAUACAGAUUACUGGUUGGCCAUUGGAGUUAAUGGCUUAUGCUUAUUUAGCUGUUAGUCCUUCAAGCAUGAGAGCGCAAUUUGAAGAGAUGGCUGCGGCAGCAUCGAAUAAAACUACCAUCAAGAAAGAUUCAAGAUAUCCUGAAAUAGAGGAGCAAGCAUUGCAGUUCAUACUUGACAGUUGCGAAUCCAGUAUAUCGAAAUACAACAAUUUCUUACAGGCAAGUGGAUCUCUGGAUUUAGAUGUAACUUCUCCGAAACAACUCAACCGUAGACUUUUUCUGAAACAGCUCGCGGUGGACUUGUGUACAAGCGAGCGAAGGAUAUUAUUUCGUACUCAAUAUAUACUGAGAAGAAGACUGAGGGAUAUGAGGGCUGGUGAAUUAAGAGCUUUAAAAAUCUUUGAUGGGCUCCGAAAUCUUUUCCAAUGAGACCAUUCAUACAUGGUAGUCCAUAUAACUUUGUCCCGGUUUUACCCUCCUUGUUUUAAAAGCAUGGAUCUCACCUUUUAAUAUUAUGAAAAAUUUGCUGAGGUCAUACAUGGUAAGUUUCUUUGUAUAAUGUAAGUCAAAAUUUUUACACUAAAAUUAGCCAUCAAUAUAUUUGUGUAUAAAUAUAUGUGUUCAAUUUGUUUUCAAUGUGUAUUUAUAUUCCAACAUAUAUUUUAUUUCAUAUUAAUAGUUGAUUUUGAGGCAAUUGAAAAUUUUGGCAAAAAUGAGAAU